AUGGUCGUCACCUCAGCCGCCCUCACCUGCCUUGGGGAAUACAGCCAUUCAAACAAUACAUCCAAAAAAAUCUUAGGGCUGUAUCUGUAUGCUUCAGGUGCUCAACGUCAGACUAUGACAGUGCUCUCAACGUUGGGGAUUACCGAGAGCUACACAAAUAUUGUUACAAAAAAUAAGCGCCGUGCACGCAAGAAAAAAACCGCUACCCCGGCGUACCAAGUCCCUGAACCUCAGCCAGGAACUUCAUCAUUGAAUACCGCUGCAAAUGAUCCUUCCGCAUUGGCACCAGUGACCACAGCUGAUACAGCUCCCCGUACCCAAUAUUCCGGUACACUGCGUCAAUUGUCUGACUCAAUGCGUGCUCGAGCACGAGUCAUAGCAGCCACUGGGCUGUAUUCAACCGUCUAUGACAAUAUAAACAUGAUGUUUCACAAUGCGGAACAGAUUAUUGGCCGCCACAAUACUCAAGAAAAUGGGACUUGUGCCACAUUGAUCCCACUUUUUAAAGCCCGUAUCGAAGACCUGAAAACUGCAGAUUAUCAAGCCCGAUUUCUUGCCACUCCACCUCUGAAACUUACCGACAUUCUUCACACAACACAAGAGCGAAAGGCCUUCAAGAAAAAUCUUAUAUUCACCAUUCUUUGUAUCAUUAUCAAGCAUGGUGGUGAAGGCUUCAUCAAAUUUGAAAAGAAACUCGAGGACCAUCAACCAUUCACCGAUGAAAAGAUAGAAUUGCACAAGUCAGAUAUUCACCCUUUACCCGCAUGGAAAAUUGAUGAGUCCUCAAUCGUCGGAAAUGCAGAGGUUGACAAGGCCAUUAGAAAUGAGCUCAAACUCAAUGAAAUACCAAACUCCUCAGAUCAUUUGCGUUUUCAUGGUGGAGAUCAGCUUUCCCUGGCACGCUUUCGUGCACUUGAAAAUAUUCGUGCUGGUCAAGAGAUAGGUUUCAAUGCCCUUUUUGGUUCGACUUGGCUUGUGGGGCUCUUUCAUGGAAAGAUCACAGAUGUACAUGGCAACCUAUUCACGCAUUGGGGUAAACCUGACACUGGUGAAAGAAACCCAGGCUCACUUUGGUAUCACAACACACGUUUAAACCGACUUCCCAUUACUCUGACCUCCCUUCCUCCAUUUCGGGUCAGCCGCGAUAUUUUUUUUACCUCGCUAUAUGCUCGUGUGCUUCACUGCCUUCAACUUGUUUCGAAAACAACAUCAAAAGAAGAAUACCUCAGCAAAUUUCCAGACUGGGAUGCUCUUGUCUCACAUGCAGAGCUUAUCUACAGUCAAUAUGCAAGCUCCUCUGUUGUUGAAGACCUGCGGCAAAAGCGUCAAGCACAAGAGGUAGCUGGGGAAAAAAUUACCAAUGGUGACUUGGUCUUUGAGAAUGCUGUUCUCUUCAUGCGCGACGCACUCAUAUCUCGAAAGCCAAACAGCUGGGUUGAAGUUGAUCUUAUGCAGGAACACUUGAACUAUUGGAUCAAGGUAUUUUAUAAAGCUCAUGGUUCCAAUGCUUCAUGGGAAUGGGUGGAGCAGAUUGCUCCUUGCGUCGACAUUCUCCGAGAGCUUGCAAGAAGUUUCAAUGACAUUCUCGGCGCGGAUCAAGGGACACGCCAUGCACCGGCUGAUCUCUCCAGUGAUAUAGAGACUCUCAUGGAAAGCCUUGAUGCACAUAACGUUUACUGUGUUCAGCGGGGCCGGGUCUUAAACAACGAUGAUGGAGGGCCUGUGAAAGAUGCCAUUACGGCAGGUUUGCAAAGUCUAACAGCAGGUACUAAGAGUCCGCUCUCCGACUACAACGAAGCCUUUGCUCUACUUCAGAAAAGAAGGAAGAUUGUCCCUGUCGCAAACCAACCAAAAAGCAUCCCAGAAUCUCCCAACUCAAGUGCAGGAGCAACCGAAGCUGAAACUCAAAUGGAAACAGGCAUAGACUUACAUUCUUCAGGACAACAGGAUCCUCAAAGCCAAGAAGAUCCAUUUGUAAACUCAACCCAAGAAGACAAGAUUCCGGAAGAAGAAGACCCAGAGGUGAUUAGCGAGGUGGCGAGAAUUCUCGAGGAUCUUGAAAAUGGCAUCCUGGAUCGCACCUUGACCACAUUUGGUGCAGAGGAUGUUGCACUAGAUAUGGAUGACAUGUUUGAACACGAGGAUGACAGCUGGUCUGAUAGCUCAAGUGAGGGGAGUGUGGAUGGCGUACAGGAGGAGGAAUGA